UCUCAUAACAUAUCAAUCUAUAUUAUAUAAAUAUACCUCCAUUUUGAUAUAUUUCUAGUUGAUAAACCAUGGGAACCCGUGGAAAGCUUGAGGUAGACAUUGAGCUCAAAUCUAGUGCAGACAAGUUCUGGCAAAUCAUUAGGGACUCUACCACUAUAUUCCCAAAGGCCUUCCCACAUGAUUACAAAAGCAUUGAGAUUCUUGAGGGUGAUGGCAAGGCUGCUGGCUCUGUCCGUCACAUAACUUAUGCUGAUGGUUCAGCAAUUGUGAAAUCAUCCGUAGAGAAGAUUGAGGCUGCUGAUGAUGCAAAGAAGACAGUUACUUAUGCUGUGAUUGAUGGAGAUCUUCUUCAGUACUACAAAAAAUUCAAGGGACACAUCACAGUAACACCCGUUGGAGAGGGAAGCGAGAUUAAAUGGACCGCUGAGUACGAAAAGGCUAGCCAAGAGGUUCCUGAUCCAACUAUCAUCAAAGAAUUUGCUGUUAAGAACUUCCUAGAAGUGGAUGCCUAUAUUCAAAAUGCAUAGAGGUUAUGCAAUUGAAGUAUGUGGUGAUUAUUAAAUAAUGUGGUGGUACCAUUCCCCAUUUAAUAUAAUGUGGCAUGUGACCCUGCCCUUGCUUGAUGUUGGUGUAAUGAAUUAUGUCAUCUUUAGUAAUUCUGAUCCAAAUGCCCAUUUAUUUGAGCAUUCAUUUAUGAGAGUUGUAGUAUAUUUGAUCUU